GUUACAAGAAACACACUCAUAAAAAUCCUUUGCAGAAAUUUGGCAAAUGGCUUGGAUUUGCCUACUCUUCCUCAUCAUGUCAGGCAUCUUACGGCCUAACCAUUGUUCUAUUGUGGAAGUAGAAAACUUCAGAGAUACACUCAAACAAGGCCAGCAGCUCCAGGACUGGGAGCACCUAUUAUCUAAAGACACCGAGUUCAGGUUAGGAUUCAUUAAUCUUGAUUCAGACGUCGGUUCUUCUGCUCCUCGUUAUAUAGGAAUAUGGUUAUGGGACAAAGAAAUAGUGUGGGUGGCCAACCCAGAAAAGCCGGUUCCUGAUUCCUCUGGUGUUUUAAGAUUAGAGAGUGAUGGCACAUUGAAGAUUACAUACAGGGGUGGAGCAUCAAUAGCUGUAAAUUCCAUUCAAGAAACAAAAACUUCACAGAGAAAUAUAACUGCCACCCUACUUGAUUCCGGUAACCUUGUAGUGAAAGGAGUUGAUUCUGAUGGAUUAGCAGGACCAGUCUUGUGGCAGAGUUUUGAUUACUCGACAAACAUGUUACUGCCUGAAAUGAAACUAGGCUGGAACCUGAAAACCGGACAUGAAUGGUAUCUUUCUUCAUGGGUAAGCGACAAAGUGCCUUCUCCGGGGGCUUUCAAGCUUGGACUGGAUCCUGAUGGAUCUGAUCAACUGAUUGUUUGGCGGCGAGGGGAAGUUUAUUGGAGAAGUGGGCUUUGGAAAAAUGAGAGUUUUGAAAUGGCACCUGAGCUGACAUCUAUAGCAGAUGGAGAGUGGAAAUUCAGAUUUGUUACAAAUGAGAAUGAAAGGUAUUUUUCUUAUUCAGAUAAAAAAAGCUCUACUAAAUCAAGUAUGCGUUGGAAGUUAACCUCUUGGGGCCAUAUUGAGCUGUCUGCUAGUAAUUCGCACGAUACUUAUGGUUCCACCUCAGUUAGUGAAGUCAGCCCAUGCAGUAACUUUGAAAUGAAAAACAAUUCUUCUAUCUGUCUAAAAGAAAAGCCUGCUAACUGCAGGAAUGGUAAAGAGUUGAUUGUGCUAAGAAAAGGGUUUAUGAGGAAUAUGAGUACAUGGUUUUUCGAAGAUAACAAAAGCUUGAGUCUAAGUGAUUGUCAUGCCAAAUGCUGGAAAAAUUGUUCUUGUAUUGCCUUUCAAUCUGCCUCUAAAGAUGGCACUGGAUGCUGGCUUUUUCCCAGGGGAACAGAUUUUAUUCAGGAUGAAUAUUUGGAUGAUGUUUACCUUCUUACUCCAGUACACAACCAAGAAUCAACCGAUAGGAAGAAAAAUCGUUCGAGAAGCAUAAAAAGCAGGUGGUGGAUAUGGUUUAUUGUAGCUAUUGCACCUGUCUUAGCAAUCUUGUGUUACUUAAGGAGGAGAAACAGAAGACUCAAGCAACUAACAGGAUCUAAAAUAUCACCCUCCAAAAAUGGUAAAAAGGAAGGCAAAGAGUUGUUGCUGUUCAGUUUUCUUCAAUUAGCAACAGCCACAAAUAAUUUCUCACCUGAUUAUAAGCUUGGAGAAGGUGGUUUUGGACCGGUUUAUAUGGGAAAGUUAGCGGAUGGGCAAAAAAUUGCGGUCAAGAGACUUUCUAGAACUUCAGGACAAGGGCUAGUAGAGUUCAAGAAUGAAAUUACACUAAUUGCUGAGCUUCAACACAUGAAUCUUGUCCGGCUUAUUGGUUGUUGCAUUGAAGAAGAAGAAAAGCUGCUAAUAUAUGAGUACAUGCCGAAUAAAAGCUUGGACUCCUUUAUUUUUGAACCUACAAAAAGAGAAAAAUUAGAUUGGAAGACACGUUUCAACAUCAUUGAAGGGAUUUCACAAGGACUUCUUUAUCUCCACAAAUAUUCUAGAUUGAGAGUUAUACAUAGAGAUUUAAAAGCAAGUAAUAUUUUACUUGAUGAUGAGAUGAAUCCCAAAAUAUCAGACUUUGGCUUGGCUAGAAUUUUUGGACAUAAUGAAUGUGAAGCAAAUACAAAGAGGGUUGUUGGAACAUAUGGAUAUAUGUCUCCCGAGUAUGCAAUGAACGGAAUUUUCUCUGUCAAGUCGGAUGUCUAUAGUUUCGGAGUAUUGCUACUAGAGAUUAUAUGUGGCAUGAGGAACAAUGCACUUUCUCAUGAAUCAGGCCCUCUGAGCCUCAUUGAACAUGUAAGUCGAUAA